AUGGUAGCUUUGAGCAUGACGAUGUGCCUGCUGUACCUCCACACUGCCCGUUGCGACAUCUUCGAAGCUAGUCAAGAGUCCAGCGAAGAAUAUCACGACUACCCUGACUUCUAUCCCCGCUACCAGCAGCCGCACCCAUCAGGGGCACCCCCUAGACUGGUACUCGCCCCUCAACCUAGAAGAUUCGCUCCUGCGCCCGCGAUCAGGGUGCCCACCAUGGGACAGAGAGUACCUGACGUAGUGACGUAUCUCACCACGUGAUCUAGCGCAUUUGCAGAGAGUCCGUCUGUCUGUCUGUGUAUUUAUUUAUUUAUUUUUUUGAAUAAAUGGAAGAGUACGUGUCAUUUCGUUACUUCGAACUCCACCUUCGAG